GUUUAAGCGCACUCCUAAUCGACUUUGCCCAUGACAUUGUUGGCAAAAAAAUCAGUCGCGUUUUAGCCACUAGUAACAGCUCUAGGGCCGCGCUUAACGGUCAGACAACAUGCUAUUUCUAUCUGUCAGAAAAAACUCAACUUAAAAUGACUGUCACUUAGGAUGAUCAAUAAAUAACAAUAGCAAUAAUAAUAAUAAUAAUAAAAAUUAAGCUGUGAAUAAACUGUGAUUGAUUAAAAUGGCUGAGGCAAGAAUCGAUGUUGGAUAUGACUUGUCUGCGCUCAUGUCCGAUGACUUUGAUCUUGAAAGUGCUGUUGAUUUUGAGGAUUUACUUAAAACGCCAAAAAACCACCAAGACUUUUACGAGUUGACUUCAAAAACUAUUCCUGUUUCGGAAAGUACUCCAAAUUUGAAAACAACAACAAAUCUUUUAUACCGAACCCAAUUAAAACAGCAAUUAAUGAGAGAUCAUGCGAUUUUAGAACAGCAAAGACAGCAGCAGCAAAGGGAUGUGAAAAAACAGCAACAGUAUCAGCCAAUAAUGGCACCAAGCAUUAAAGUUCCAAUCCAAAACCUAUCGAUGGUGCCACCGAAAGUAUUGGAAGUUCAAACAAGACUAGAAAAUCCAACGAAAUACCACGUAAUCCAAAAACAAAAAAGUCAAGUUAAACAAUAUCUAAGUGAUUCCUUUCAACAACCAGGGAACGAAAACUUCCAUCCUGGCCUCGAGUUGUCGGCCUAUGGACAAACUCAUAGUGCGCCAGUAACAAGUAACAUUGGCACAAUCAAUCCAAAUAAUUUACAACCAAAUCACCAUGGCAACAUUAACUUUACAUCGCACUCGCAACCUUACAAUAUUCCCAUUGGAUCUCAACAUCCCAGCUUCGAUAUUCCUGGAUCUGCAAUGUCUCCAGCUUUAAGUUCUGGAGCGACCAGCACCUCAGAGGCCGAAGAUCUCAUAGAUGAUCUGUUAUCAUUAGAAUCCAGCUCGUUAGCAUCAGAUGGCUUUAAAACCGACAAUUCUCUUACAGGAAACGACUUAAGCAUAAAAAAUGAACCGUAUUUACUUAGCGAGGCUGAAUUACAUGCCCUUGCUAAGGAUAGACAAAAAAAGGAUAAUCAUAAUAUGAUUGAACGGAGACGUCGAUUUAAUAUAAAUGAUCGAAUAAAAGAACUGGGGACAUUAUUGCCAAAAAAUAACGAUCCCUAUUAUGAAAUUGUGCGAGACGUUCGACCAAACAAAGGCACAAUACUCAGGUCCUCAGUCGAAUACAUAAAAUGUUUGAAGAACGAAGUUCAAAGAUUAAAGCAACAAGAGGCUAGACAAAAGCAAAUGGAAAGCAUUAAUAGAAGGCUGCAACUAAGAGUACAGGAACUUGAACGGCAAGCCAAGUCGCAUGGACUUCCUAUAUCUGACUUCAAUUGGCACACGAUGACCAUCAACUCCCCUAACCCGUACAACUCGUCUUCUUUGUCGCCAUCCUCUUCUGGAGUUGGUGAACUGACUUCCUACACCACCCAAAACAAUAAUAACCAUCACCAUCAUCAUCAUCAUCACCACCAAGCCGACGUCGCGCCAUCAAUCACGUCCGUAGCUGCCAUACUGCCAUCCAUUGAACUGACAGAUCACAGAAAGAUGCCUGACGUCAUAUCGGACGCAACGUUAAGCCUGUCCGCGAUGGAAGAAGGCAUGGAUGAUGAUGAUCUCGUUUACAGCGUUAAUGGCGGCGACCCGAUGCUUUCGUCGCCGAACACGAUACCCGGCGAUCAUUUGCUGGCUUCUCCAAGCCGCCACCACGCGUCCUCUUCCUCAUCGUCUUCGGAUCCUCUUCUGUGCGAACCCCGUCUGCCCACUCCAACACCCACCAGUCAUAUGACAGACCAUGUCGACGGGGACACCUUGGAUAUUGAUAUGAUUGCAUAAUACAAAUCACAUCACAUCACAUCGAGAAGAUAGUUGUUGGUCCUACCAUUCACCCAUUCAUCUAUCCAACCUACCAUCCAUCCACAAGCUUGGCCAUGUUGAAUGGAAAGUAGUUACCAAAGGAACGUUUUGUAGACAAUUUUAUCAAUUUUAAGGUAUUAUUAAGUAUCAAUAUUGUAUACCUACCUACAUUGAAGUAAGUAUGUAUAUUUUUAAACUUAAUGGAAAUAUUGAGAAGCAAUAUAUUUCUAAGCAAAUUCAGUAUUAAUAGUCGUAAAAUAUUCGAGGAAAUAAUUGAAAAAUAUUGGGAGGAAUCUGUUUUUGCAUUAUCUUUGUUCCUGUAUAUCAUUCCUGAAUAAGAGUCAUGAUAACGAGCAUUUUUAACAACAAUUUUUCUACAUAGUACAAAUCAUAAGACAUAGACUAUCUCCUAAUAUUGAAUAAUGCUCAAAUUCCCAUUAAAAAUCACUACACAACUAGACUUUUCAGUUGUACCUAAUCACCAUUAAAGUUAUGGUUAAAUAAGAGCGAUAAUUAAAUAUUAAGUGUAGAAAAUGAAUUAUUAACUUAGAACAAAACAAUGUUUGUUUUGGUGCCUUUCUUUCUUAAGUGCCUUUAGCUCAAAUUAGACCUAGGUACAUUUAUGUAAAACUACCGUUUUCAAGCCAAAUAUAUGUAAAUAAAAAAACUAAAAGUAUUGUGAUGCAUGUUGGGUAUAG